UCCUGUUUCAUUCCCCAAAUCACAACACCGCCAUUUAAAAACCCGAACACAACUUCUAUGGACAACAACACUGAAGAGCGCCUAGUGGAGGAGGUCCGCAGGUACGAGCACCUGUACAACCCGUCUGCGAGCGACUACAAAGACGAGCAGCUCACCGAGGACUCAUGGAGGGAGAUCUCGGCUGUGGUCGGUCUCGAUGUCUCGGAGUGCAUCAAGACAUGGAGGAGGAUGCGGGACAAGUUUGUACGGGUCAAGAAGGCCACGACACGCAGCGGUGGCGACGCAGGGAGGCAGAAUGUCCCUGACUUCUUUAUCUCUAUGUCGUGGUUGAUGCCACACAUAAAGCAUCGUAUGACCAAGUCAAAACGCGACAAAAAGCAGGCGGAGCCGUCAUCCACCUCAGCACCUGAGUUCUCAACCAAGUCAUCCACCUCAGCACCUGAGUUCUCCACCAAGUCAUCCACCUCAGCACCUGAGGCCUCCCCCGAGUGCACAUUGAGUCCGAGCGAAGUUGAAGAGUUUGUGAAGCUGAGGGUUUGUAAUACCUCCCUCUUCUCUGGAAACAAGUACGCGUCCAGGCUGGCAUGGAAGGCCAUCGUCAAGCAUAUGGGAUUACAAAACAAGAUGACCUUUAGGCAAGCAUCUGAAAUGUGGGAGAACAUGAAGAAGAAGUACAAGGCCCUGAAGAGCCCCCCAGACGGGAUGAAAGUGUUCCCUGAGACGUGGGCUCACUUUCACCUGAUGGACGAAGCUGCAGAGGGUCAACUGGAAGGCAGCGCCCCCGUCCUCAAGGUUUUCCCUGUUGAUAAAGGCAAUCGUGAUUUCUUACCCAUCUCCAAGCCCAAGAAGAGGAGGGUGGUAUCCAUGGGGACAUCGCCCCCUGUAUCUUCGGUAGCGGACAGGCCGGAGAUCGAGGUUUCACUGAACGGAGAUGAGGAGGAGGAGGAGGAGGAGGAGGAAGAAAGCCUGGAUGUGAAUCUCAUCAUGCAGGAGGUGGAUGCCGAGAGGAACGUGAUGGAGGCGGAAAGACAGGUGAUGGACAAAGAGAUACGGCUGAUGGAAAGGGAGCGGCUGGUUCUGGAGAGGGAGAGGGCGGUGCUGGAUCGGGAGGCCGCCACUCUGGAGCGAGAACGGGCCACGCUGGACAGAGAGAUGGCGAUGAUGGAGCGAGAGAGGGUGGUGCUGGAGAGGGAGAAGGCGAUGGUGGAGAAGGACAAAGAUGCUGUGUGCAUGGAGCGGCGGGCUCUGGAGCGGGCCCGGCUGGGGAGACUCGUUUCCCCAAGAGAAGCAACAGAGGAGGCUACGGAAAACCACGGUGAGGUGACAGACUCUCAUCCUGUGGACAUGGACAGGAAGGAGCGGUUCCUUUCUUUGUUUGAAAAACUCAUUGAAAGUUUUUGAAUUCACGAAAUCAGUUUUCACUUUUAGCUGCUCUCAGAUUUGCACUGAACAUUCUGUGUGAGCGCAAAUGUCAGAGUGAGAGCCUCCGGACUCUCAGAGGAGCCGAUAGAUUCCCUGCGAGCGAGUGGGGGUGAAUGCCGCACAGAUGCAAAAAUGGUAAAACCCAGAUGUGCUGUAAACAACAUGUGAUCUCCAGAGCAGAAUCAAUACGUUACAUCCUGCCUGCUGGAAAGUUUGGACCCGAUUGUCUGCACAUCGUCAGGAGGGUCUGAAAAUUCUUUGAAAUCCACACUUUUCUUAAACCUGCAACUUCCAAUGAAAACGUUGAGCCACUCCUGGUUCAGAGAGGUCUUCAAAACAACUUUAUUCACUUGUGGUUAUUCCAUACAGAGCACACAAUAGCAAGCUAUUAGCAUUAUUCUCAACCCCAUCCACAGUCAAAAUCAACACCCCCCCCUCCCAAAUCAAACAAUAGUCUUUAGUUGUUUGACUCGACAUUAUAGUCAAUCAAUAGAAGCUAUUGUGCAUGGUUGAAACAUCAUUUUUUGAAAUGUAAUAAACCAAAUAUUGCAGUUCGUGUAAAAAAAAAAAUCUUGUUUCUUUUUCAGAAUAUAUAUUUUUAUAUUACAGUACAGACUUUACAACAAAUUAUUUAUUUAAAUGCUUCUUUUAUUGCAUUAGAUUCAAUUCACCUUUCGUUAAGCUCCAGCUUCAAUAAGUUUAUGCUAGUAUACAUUUCCAAAAGUGUUAAAUUUGUUAUUAAUAUUAAUAUAAUUUGUAUUUUUACAAAAAAACCCAUCUUUAAACAAUAUUACUGUUAUUUUUCUUUUGCCAGUCUUGUACAGAGA